GCUACACGUCGUCUUUCCAUCCGUCCAAGGAGCCCAGCAGGCCCUUCAUCACUGAGGCACAUGAGCUGGAGCAGCUGGAGCAGCAGGAACAGCAGGAGCAGCUGGAGCAGCAGGAGCAGCAGGAGCAGCAGGAGCAGCCGGCUCCUACAGUCAUACAGGAGAAAGAUGUGUGGAGAGCAGAGAAGGACAGAGACGUUCAGUCCAGCGGCUACGGAGUCCUCGGCUCUUCGGCCCCUGAAGGAACGGCGCCGCCACAGACCGACACCGGCACCGACUUUGGGCUUCUGGGAGGGGACAGAAACGAGGAUGAAGGAGCAGGUGGGUCACAGGCAGGCGUUUUCACCCAGAAUCCCACCGCUCCAGAGGUCGGAUCAGCGCCCAGCAGAGAACCUCUGCAGCCCAGUUUGGAUCACGAGGAGUACUGGGAGGAAGGGGAAGAUAUGGAGAAUGACAGGAAGGAAAAAGAGGGAAUCAUCCCGCUCACCACAGAUCCUUCUCCCACCACUGGCUUCACCGAGACGGAGUUGGAUCCCGGCCUGGAGGAGCCGAUGCAGGUGGUUUGUUUGAACUGGAGUGAGCUGGCUGGGCGUGGCUACGUGGUCCUCAACAUGACCAAGAACAUGAACUGUGAGGAGUUUCGUGUUUGCCAGGGCGUCCAGCUGCUGAAGAUCAUCGAACGUGAGUUUGCACGCAGGAUGAACAGCCCUGAGGGAUCAUGGGUACUUUACCUCAGCAAGCCAACGCAUCAGCAACACCAGCUGCUGAUGAACCUGGCGUCUGGAUGGGGAGUCAUUGCUGCUCAGGAAGUUCUGGACAUGUUAGGAGAAAUCAGGACGAGCCUCAAUAAGGUUGGAAUCCAGAACUACAGCGCAGCCAGCAGCUGUCAGUCUCGGCCCAGUAAGACUCGCAGCGACUACGGUAAACUGUUCGUGGUGCUAGUCAUCAUCGGCUCCGUCUGCAUGGUGAUCAUCACGUCCGGGUUCAUCUACAUCUGCUGGCAGAGGAGGCUGCCUGGAGUGAAGAGCAUGUUUCCUGCAGAGGAGCUUCAUUCUGUGAAGAAUGGUUACCAUGACAACCCCACCCUGGACGUGACCAACGAAAGCCAGGCUGAGAUGCAGGAGAAGAAGCCGAGCACCAAUGGGCUGACGGGGGCGGGAGGAGGAGGAGGGGAGGACAGCGGACACUGGCAGGCAUUUGUUAACCAGGCAGCCACUGAGGAUGAUGAAGAGGAGCAGGACACACAUCUCUGACUGAGGAGAUGAGAUCGCUGUGAUGAAGAUGGAGGAGAAGAGUAGCAGUGGCUGAGAACACGAGUGUUAAGCUGGAGGAGUCACUGAGGUCAUUAGAAACCAUUAAGCUUCAUCAAGCGUGGGAAAUGAAUCAACAUAUGACAUCAAAGCUCUUCUGUUUGGCGUGCCUUAAGCUCUCGGUUCUUAGAGCUGAGUUGGUGACAAAUCAUCGCUCUUCAUCUGCAAACUUUCAAGCCGCUUUAACUGCUUUGUCAGAAUGUUCCUGAAUGCACCAUUUGUUUCCCAGUCUGUUAGCACAGGCAGACAGUGAACGCACCCCUGAAUAAAUGACAGGAUGGUGCUGAUCCUUUUUAAAACUUCUAGCUUUAUUGUGACAUAAAUCCUGGACUAAAAGUUUACACACCCUCAGACUAAUACUUUUAGAAGUCUGCUUUCCAAUAUUUAGGCCUUUAGAGUUUCAGUUUGUCUCCUGUUUGGGUUUUCAGAGUCAGAACCAGAGAGCUCAUUGUUGAGAUGACAAACAGUAUUCUGGAUCAUCCCAAAAUAAGGGUCAGGAUAUUUUUAUAUUUAUAAAUAAAUACGAUUUUAUUUUUAAAAUAAAUUUAUUUAUUUACUGAUCUGAUACAUAACUCAAAUAUUAGCUAAACCUGCCUUUUGGGGUUCGUUAGGACUCUCUGGUGAGCUCAGAUAUUUGUGACAAUAAUAACUUUGCUCCAGAAGGUGGCAGCACAAAGCUUGUACCGUAAGUUUUUUGUCUUCUUCUCCUCCUCUAACAGCUAGAUUAUGUUUAAAACAAGACGCAGACUUUUCUUCCAUUAAACAACUAUCAUUACUAAAGGGACCUGCAGUGUAGAACACGGUGGUGGCAGCAGGAGGCUGUGGGGUUGUUUGACUUUCCAAGAACAGGUUUGUGUUUUUUCCGCCUAAAAAGGAUGAUGAAGUUGAAAACUUCUAAACUUGUCUGUCAGUUUGUUGCCAAACCGAGUCUAACUCUGCAUCCAGAUCAGUUCAGAAGAUUUCUAAAGUCUCAGAAUGGCCUAGUCAAAGUCUAAGGUGUCCCUAAAUGUAGGUUUCCUUAUAACCUGGCAGAUCCGCUGCACUCUUUCACAUUAAAAACCUAUUAUUUUUAAGUGUUUUUAGUGGAACUAGGUCACAUUAAAGCAGUAAAAGGUUUUAUAAGCGAUGCAUCGUGAUCCCAGGUUCAUUUGCUGACAUUCUAGAAUUUCAGCAGGUGAGACUUUAUUCAUAGAUUCACCUUGAUGAGCAGUAAUAUUUUAUUGCUGUGAUUCUAAGGAUGACGUGAAUGUUACCCUGAUGGUGAAAUAUUUGCUGCUAACCAAGAAUCCGUCACACCAGCAGGAAUGUCUCUUAUGGCCCCACAGCAGUGGCUUCGCCGCUGUCCCUAACGGCCGCUUCCACCUCUGAUCCACUGUGAAGGAAAAGUUUGGCACUUUAUGGGUUGAUGGUGGAGGAGCAGCCUCUGAGAUGCUGCAGGACUUUAUCCCAAACGGAGACUCUGGAGCAUCACUCUUUUGCUUUUAGUAGCGGUUUGAACUGCUGAGGAUGUUCUCUGUGUUUGCUGUGCAGCACUUCACUACUAGCUUAGCCUGUGCUCUGUCAGCCUGAUGUGCUUUUCUUAAUAGUGCUGAAUAGUUUGCUCCCGACUUAAAGUCGAUUCUGUGAAACAGGGACAAAAUCUGAGUCCAAAAGCAUGAAUAUAGUUCUAUGUUUAUCUGUACUAUAGCUGUGAUGUCCAGGCUGAGUCACCAACCCUUACAUUUUUUAAUUUAUUUAAACUUGGAGUCUUGCACGGAAGCCCAAAACGGUCGUGUCCCUCCAACAAGUUCCUUUUCUCAAUAUCUAAAGAUAACGAAAGCCGUUUUCUCGUCAUAACGAGAUGAUUGGUUUGUGUUAAAGCUGAUUACAUCCUUUAAUACCACGACAGCGGGAGAGGAUUAUAAGGCCCAGUCCUUUUUCUCUCACUAGCACGCGGUUUUUCACGUUGAUGUGUAAGGUUAGUGUAUCCCAAUAGUUAUAGGAGCUAGGGGGAAGUGCCCCUCCAUCAUGGCUGUCUGUGUGUAAUUUUGUUGUUGUUUUGAUGAUUUGCUUCCACUUCUGCUUCAUCAGCAAUCAGCCCUUUGCCUCCAGGUGUUUCUGAACAGCCCAGGUGUUACGCCUGCAACAGGAUGCAUUAACCCCCAAAAUGAGUCCAGAUUUGUUUCUACUGUACUCCAUGCAAUCCAAUCAUCCACCACCACCUGACAAUGAGUGAAAAGAAAAAUGAAACAAAAGAACUGAUUAUUUGUUCACAUGCGGUACCUCAACUGAACCACUAGGGGCCCUGCAGGCAUGGAUGGACUGGGAAUCCAGGUUAAUCAUCUCGUUAUCUCAAGAAAUCAAUAACUGUUUUCUCCUGAUAACGAGAUAAUUAUCUCCAACUUUAUUCUCGUAAUGUUACGACUUUAUUCUCAUAAUUUACGACUUUAUUCUUGAAAUAAAAAAAUAAAAUAAAUCUCUAGCCUGGCCCUAAUGCUCUGUCGUGAGAUUCAUUCAGCCCCUAAAUUAUUAAUUCCUCUGGCAGAUUCAGGUUUAAAGCGACCUUUAAAUUUGACCCCUAUGCUUCAGACUAGAGGAAGGGUUGCGUCUCCUGAGGGAGCUAAAGAUUUGGGUGAUGGUAAAGAGGUCAUCCAACCUCAAAGACUUGGAGUUCUUCACUAAAGGCGUUGAAAUAACAGCUGCUGAGCAAAUAUCAGAACAGUUAAAGUGCUGGAGAACAAUGAUUUAUAAAUUCAUCUUUGAUGAUAUUGAGUUUUGCUUUUUUUAUUUCUGAUUUGUUAGUUAUUUUAUAUUGUUUUGUUGCAUUUCUAAGAGAAGCCUGCCUGAGCUUUAAAGCCAAAUAUUAUCUAAAUCCAAAUCUUUCAGGAGACUGAAUAUUUGUGGGAUGUAGUUUCCUGAAAUGUUUCUGUAUUUAGAGCUGAGAUUUAAUGAUGGGCCUGAAAAUGUGUGAAAAAUCCAAAACCACAAGUCAACCACUCAGAAAGCUUAGAGAAAAAGUUCAUGAAUUUCAUUUUGGAAAACACAUAAAAAAUUGACGAUAAAAGGAAUGAGGCGGACUUUGAAAUGUUUGGAUGGUUCUGAAUCCUGCUUUCAUAAAUCAUAUUAGUGGCUUUAGUCACAUUAGGUCAGAAAGGGGCAAAAAUCCCUGAGGAUAACAGAGCCUCCAUCACACUGACAUGGCCUUAAAUCUCAUGACCAUUUGGCCAAUAGAUCUGAUGAGCAUCUGCUUGCGUCCCUCAUGUAUAUCUCUCUCUGUCUGCUGGUUGCAUUUUGUCAGAUAAGCAGUAUUUGUGAAGCGUUCAUAGAGAAAGAGCAGUUUGACCCUAUUUAUACAGCUGCCUGCAGCGUAGAUCGGCCAUGUUUAGAGCUAAUUACCAAUAAGGGAGAACAAGCGAGCAUGAAGCUUACAGCACGGCAGCAAACGCCAAAAAUCACAAAUGAAAAUGGAUGGUGUUGCUUUUUUUCUGUUCAAAGCUGUGAAUAAAAUCUGUUUUCUCGUUUGUUUUUCACUCCAGUUUUUGCGGUUGCAAGCAUUUGGUGUUCAGUUGUAGCCAAAACUAACCAGCGCAAUGUUGAAAUGGAUCGUCUAUGUAAUCUUAAUGUUUAUCUUUUCAUUAAACUCUGUUUUUUUUUUUAUCUGUGUAUUUAGUUUAUUAAUUAUGUGCUUUAUGAUGCUUUUUCUUUGCCUAACAUUUUCCUGUUUAUCAACAGGAUAAGUAUUAAACGAACACAAUAAUAUGCCUAGAGAAUAAGAAAUGUUUUCUUUUGCUCUUUGAAACUGCUAACAUGUAUUUUGUUUUUUAUGUUGUCUGUUUAGUA